AUGGCUUAUCAUGGGACUAUUUUAAGACAUCUAGUUUCUGUAAGGGAAAUAGAGGUAGACAAAGCUAAGAUAGAUGUUAUUGCUAACCUUCCCUAUCCUACAUGUGUUAGAGAGAUUCGUAAGUUUCUUGGUAGUGCAGGUUUCUACAGGCGUUUCAUCAAGGAUUUUUCGAAGUUGGCAGUACCACCAUCAACAUUGCUUCAGAAAGAUGUUCCAUUUGAUUUUGACAAGAAGUGUCAGGAGGCCUUUGACACUUUGAAGGAGAAGUUGACCACCACCCCGAUUCUGCAACCUCAAAGAUGGGAUGUACCGUUCGAGAUCAUGUGCAAUGCUAGCAAUUUAGCAGUGGGAACGGUACCAGAUGACCAAAAAGAAGUCAAAGCUCUGACUUGUGUGUUGGAUGCUCAUUCUUUAGGAAUUCAAUUUGACUAUCAAGGACAGGAAGGGAGCAGAAAACUUGAUUGCCAUAACCACUCCAUGGUGAAUUUCCUGGUUACUGGUAAGUUCCCUUUCGACAUGCCUAAUUCUAAGAAGGCCAAAUUAAAGAGUAAUUCAAAUCUUGUGAGAGAUGUCAGAGAUCAGGCUCUGGAGGAAAGAGUUGCCAUUAAAUUCUAUCCUUUUGAUUAUGUUUCAAAAUGGGUUGAGGCAAUCCCUACUAGGACUAACAUUGUUGUCGUAGUUUCAGGUUUCUUAAGAGCUAACAUCUUUUCUAGGUUUGGCAUACCUCGAGCUAUAAUAAGUGAUCAAGGCGAAGACCAGCAGAAGCAUCUCAAGAAUUUUCAAAUUGUAUGUGAUGGGAUGCUACAAUAUGGAGUCACUGAAGAACAGAUAAAUCUAAGGGGUGUUCCUCCUUUCAUUGAAGAUGAAGCAAAGGACUAG